AUGCAAAAACACUAAAUUAAAGAAUAAAUCAAAGCAUCCUUCAAUUCUCAUAACAGUUAAGGGAGAAUAUUUAGAAAAAGCUAAGAUGAGAUGAUCGAUGAUGACUGGAUGAAAUUUCAAGGAUUAAAUUUAAGGAAAGAGGAUUCCUUUUAAAUAGAGCCUGACUUAAUUUAAGAAUAGGGAGUAAGUGAAUCAAUAAAAAAUGGAAAAUCUUAAAUCUUAAAAGCUGUUGGUGAUAAUUCUAAUAAAUUUUCUCUAAUUGGACAACAGACAGGGUACUUAGAGGAAAGCUAAACAAAAAAUAUGCUAAAUCCAGAUGAUAUUUAAAUCCAAACACCUCAUUAUAUGGAUACAAAUAAUUAUAAAUCGUAUGAAAAGUUAGGUGUUAGCUAAUAAUAAAUUCCACUUACUAGUCUGAGCGCAGGCUUAACUAGAAAGUAGUAAUCUAAAAUGACUCAAUUUAACAAACCUUCUCUUAAUUUAAUUUCUACAUCUGCUGCAGAUAUUGUUAACAAAGAUCGUAAUAGCAAUCAUAAUAAUACAAAUAUAAAGUUAUUAGGAUAGAGUAAUAACUUAAAUUUAAUCAUGAAUAUUAGAAAAAGAAUUUUCAACUAUAUUAACUACUACACAUAUUUUGGGAGAAAAAAUUUCUUGUAAAAUGAAUUAGUUAGAAAAGCAAUUAAUGAUCAAAGUGAUUUUGGUUUUGAUUAAAUUGAUGCAAAACCUUGUUGUUUGGGUUUUCACAAACUUUUAUCUUGUAUUAGACGACACAAGUGCUUUCGCUAUCUGAAAAAUUUUCAGUUUGAACCACUGAGUCCACAUACUACGUUUUACUUAAUAUGGAAAUUAUAUGUUACUCUUUAUAAUUAUUUGUUCUUUAUUGUCCUUUCUCUACUUAUAGUCUUUGAUGCUGGAUUAAAUAAUCAAUAAAUCUAAGAGAUAUACUUUAACAUUACUGCCUUCUAAUGGUGUUUAGAAAUAUUUAUCAAAAUAAAUACAGCAUUGUAUAUAAAAACAAAAUUUAUAAAUAAAAGACAAGAAAUAUGCAAAAUAUACUUUUAGAAGUACUUUUUAUUUGAUAUAAUACCUUUAAUUCUUAUACUCACACCCCAAGUAAAAGAUGCAAGUAUAUCUUAUAUAGCUAUUAGACUCCUUUUGUUCAUAAAAUAUGUUAAUUCUUACAGAGAUUCAGAAGAAGCUUAGAAGCAACUUUUAAUGAGAUUAAGGCAUUUCUAUGUAGUUUCACUAAUAAAUUUGAUCGUUAACUUAUUUCUUGUAGGUCACAUUUUAUCUUGUUUAUGGUAUCUAAUGUCUAUAAUUUAAAAAAACUUACUAGACUCAGACCAAUCUUGGUUCAAUAAAGAGGAAAGUAGAGAAGGAACUUGGUGGAAGAUGUACCUUUCUUCAUACUAUUGGUCUUUUACAUUAAUGGCUACAGGAUCUAAUGAAGCAACAACAACAGUUGAAAUAUUCUUCACUUGUGUAGUUAUGAUAUUUACAACCAUAAUUUUUGGUUAUAUAGUAAACACGAUUGGUAUAAUUCUAUCAGAAAUGAAUAAACUAGAAGAAGAGCAAAGAAAAGAUAUUAAUUUAAUUAACACUUAUAUGAAAAGAAAAUGUAUAUCAAAGAAACUUUAAUUAAAAAUAAAUCUUGAUUUAGAAUAAUACUACUUGAGAAACACAAAAAAUAAAUCAGAAGAAGAAAACAGAGUUCUAACAAAAAUUUCAGCUGAUCUUAAUGACGAAAUCAAAUUAGAAUACUACAAAAAUAUUCUAUAAAAAGUGCCAUUUUUAAUAGGUAAUUUUUAGAAGGAAACAAUAGACAAACUUUGUCUCUCUAUUGAAGAAGUUUUUUACUCUCCGAAUUAGAUUAUUUUCAACGAGCAAGAGUCUAAUGACUUUUCGCUGAUAGUGAUUGUUUCUGGUUAAGUUGAUCUUCUAAAAGGUGUUCGCGCUUAAUUAAACUAAGGACAGUAAAUUAAGGAAGAAAUAGAAGAAGAAUAACAGUUUACUAAUCCUUAAUAAACAUAAAGGAAAUUAAUUUGCAAUAAUGAAAACUACAAAGUUAUAAGCACACUAAAAAAAGGAUGCACUUUUGGAGAAGUCAAUUUCUUUACUUAAACUUAAAGAGAGUGCACAGCUAAAUCUCGAACUUUUACAACUAUUCUUAAAAUAGAAAGAAAUAAUUUUUUAUCAAUAAUCUAGAAUAAUUAAAAAGAUUUUGAGGUCUUUUGUGAAAUGAAAGAUAAGAUACAGAUGUACAAUAACUAUAAAAUAAUAAAUAAAAGCUGUAUACUGUGUUAAAAUAGCUUCCAUUCAGAAUAAAGUUGUAGCCAAGCUCAUUUUAAUAAGAAUUCUCCUUUCAUAUUUAGCCGAAUUAACAAAAAAUAGUUUUAAGAAAGAAGUUUUUAUAAAAGAAAAUUAGCAAAAUCAGAUAACUCUUAUUUAAUUCGAAUCUUAGCUUAAAAUUGUAUUGAUACUCUCAAACAACAGUAUGAUGUAAGUGAAGAAAAUAAAAGAAAAUCGCUUGCUGAAGAACUUCCAAUACAAUUUUGUAAUAUGUCACUUGAUUAUGAAAAUGAUGACGAAGAUGAUUACUUUGAUAAUGAGUAGAAUUAUGAAGAAAAGUUUUCACCAGGAGUAUCUCCGAUUUUAGCAAAAGAGGAAUCACAAAAUAAUGGUUAUUAUAGUUAAAAUAAUUUAUAGGCUUUACCUCUGUUUAUGAUACCAGAAGAAAAUACUAGAUAAAGAACAGUAGAAUCUACUUCUGAGCUUCCUUCAUUCUAAAAUGCAAAUAGCUUAGUUUAUAUCAACCAUGGAAGCAGUAAUAAUAUUGAAUCUGGAUUUUAGAAUUUCUAACAAAAACAGUCAAUAAGGUUUUAAUCAAAUGGCCAUUUAAAUUCAUAAAGUCUUAAAAAGGAAGAUUCCUAUCAAAAAGAGCUAACGCAAUAAUAAUAAAAAACUAUUGAUAAUAUUGAUGAAUCUUAAAAGUAAAUCUUUAAUACAAGAGAAAAUUAAUACAAUUAAUUUAGAGAGAAUCUUGAACACAGAAAGACAAUUCUAAUUAAUAAUUCUCCUAGAAGUACCAGAAAAAUGAAAAGUUUUGUUCAAAGGAGAACUACUAUUUUGUAGAAUAAUGAUUAAAUGAAUACUUCUAUUAAUAGCCCAUAUAGAGAUACUAAUUAAUAAAAAAAAUAAAGUCUUUUGUAAAUACAAACAAGUCAAUAAGCAUAAAUGAUAUAAAAUUUAUUAUAGGGUGAAAAACUUUAGAACUAGAUUGAAAGGGGACCAGAGAAAUAGACAACUUACUUCAGAAAUGAAAAUUGGAAUGAAAAAACCAUUCCUUUAGAAGAAAAAAAUAAAAAUGACUUUUUAUUUUUAUUUGACUGCCUUAAGCUAUUUAAUCAUUACUUUGUUUAAGGAAAUGCAAAUAUUAUGAUUAGCAAAUGGAGUCAUUAAAGAAAAAAAUAUCUGAAAAAAUAUGCUAGCGGAGAAGCUAAAAUAACUGGCAUAAGAAUAAAUAAAUCAGCCCUAAGUUAUAAACUUAAAUCAUCUAACAUGAUAAGUUCUCCUAACUAAUUUAACUAGAGAGGCUAAUAAUCUCCUUUUAAAGAAAAAAAGUGA